UACUGAGGAAAACCAUAUCAAGAAGUAUGACCGUAAAGAUACUACCAAUAGCAGACGGCCAGUCAAACAAAGCUUACCAGACCCCGGAAGAGUGGCUUUCAAGACUUGAUCCGGAAUGGGUUCGCGUCUGGAACAAAUAUGGAAGUCACCACCGUCAAGCCGAAGAAGUACCAAUCGAAAAAGUCCGCCGGAAGCCACUCGCGUAUAGCUUCACAUAUCCAACAUGGUCAGGUCCUCGUGUGUUCAAGGAGAAUGAGUUUGAUGUUCCCGUUAGCCGACCUGCUGGUUAUAUCAAAGUCCGCGUGUAUACGCCAGAGGGACAGGGUCCUUUUCCUGUACAUAUUAACUAUCAUGGAGGCGGGUGGGUUUUGGGUGGUCUCAAUAGCGAAGCAGCCUGGUGCAGGAGUGUUUGUAACAACACUAGCAUCGUCAUUGUCGACGUGGAUUACCGCCUCGCUCCAGAAUUCGUUUUUCCCACAGCAAUCUAUGACUCUUGGGAUGCACUUCAAUGGGUUCUGUCUCAUGCUGAGCAUUUGAACAUCGAUGUCACGAGUGUUUCGAUUGGCGGUCUCUCGGCAGGUGGCCACAUGUCAGCAGUUCUUUCGCAUAUGGCGCGCGAUGUAGGACUAGAACUCAAACUGGCAUUGCUAGUUGUGCCUUCGACUGACUUCAGAUGGCUCAUCGCUGAAGAGCCUUUACGAUCAGAGAUUGCCAAGCGUUAUCCCAGUACAGUGCAAUACAAGGAUGCACCUUGGGGAGGCCUGAAAAGAGAACAGUGGUUCUUAGAUUAUUGGAUCCCGACCGAUAUCAGAAGAGCUGCAUGUGAUGAUUGGAUGGCUUCACCCAUGCUGGCCAAGUCCUUUGAAAGACUACCGCCAACACACAUCAUAACUGCUGAGUUUGAUAUAUGCAGAGAUGAAGCACAUCAAUAUGGAAAGCUGCUAGCGAAAGGUGGAAACCUUGUAACCCAGAAAUGUUAUCCAGGAAUGCCGCAUGCGUUCGGGCACUAUAUUCAUCCGGAAAAAGGUUUGACAAAAGGGCGUGAGUAUCUUCAAGACACAUCGAGGCUAUUAAAGCAGGCUCAUGGCCUUUGA